GACCAGAAACGUCAAACAUAAACAAACCUGAUUGUUGAAACUGGAAAAAGACUGUUUUGCGGCGGCGGCGAAAUUAAAGUUUGAAAUCAAUUAUUUUCGAGGAAAAACGUUUGCUCGAAUUGCUAAUCACAUUUGUACGGAUUGUUCCUAAGAUCAGGAACAAAAAUCAAGCGGUAUGAGCGAUCAGGACGUCUCAAAAAUGAAGGUUGCAGAUUUGAAGAAGGAGCUCAAAAAUCGAGGACUCAGCACACUUGGAAAUAAAAACGAACUGGUCGAUCGUCUUCAAGGUGCGCUCAUAGACGGAGGUGAUCCAUUGGAAGAUACAGCCAUUUCCGAGGAUCUACUCGAAGACGACGAACUUAACGAUGACAUCCUCGAGGACGAGGAAGAGGAAAAGCAACACCAUGAAGCGACCGAAGAAGAUCGAAUACUGAAAUCUCCCACUCCAAGCGAACCGUCGAAAUCUGAAUCACCAGAGCAGAAAAAGCCGGAAACCGUUGCAAAAGAUUCAGAAGCAGAUAAGAAAGAAGACCAACCAGCAGUUAUCCAGAAGAAGGUGGCCCUCAAGCGAAACAUUUCAAUUUCCGUUCCCACUCCAGCAGCGGCAGCAGUAACGGCCACUCCGAAAGGCACCGAUGAGGAUAAGAAGCCACAAUCUGAUGAUUCUGCAAAGGAAUCUGAAACCGGUUCCAGUGAACCGGAGAAAAAGGUGAUCAAACUGACCGAACUGACCGCUCAAGAGAGGCUUGAGAUGCGUGCCAAGAAGUUUGGUGCCCAAGCAAACGAAACGCCCGAUUCGAAACUGCAGGCUCGAGCUGCCCGUUUCGGACUUACCAACAGCGAUUCUUCCUCCGGCGGGUCAGCAACCAAACCGGUCAGCACUCUGGUGAGCGUUGAUGCGUUAAAGAAGCGGGCCGAACGUUUCGGUGUAAGCGUGUCGGAUAAGAUGACUAAACUGGAACAGGACGAAAAGCUGAUCAAACGCCAGGAACGAUUCGGAGCCGUAUCGGCACCUACUCUCACGGCCACCGGUAAAGUGGCCAUCAGCAGCAGCAGCACUAGCAGCACAAAGACAGACUACGCUGAACGUGCCCGUCUACGGUUGGAACGCUUCAAGAAUACCGCCUAAGAAGCAAUGCUCGCCCUCGGGAAAAUAUGCUGGUCUCUUCUGCAAUCAAUCAUUUUCAUAAAACGUUACUUCGGAUCAGUUCAUGUGAGUGGAUUCAUCCCCUAGUUCCAUACUAAAUACACAUUGAUAUUGGGUACAGUAUAAUCGAUUACCCACAGGA